AUGCGCGAGGGGGAUCACGAGAACGAGGAGAGAGGCGUUGGGAGGACGCACGGUGACGGGGAAACUGGGGAUUGGUGUGACAGAGAGCGCGGAGGAGGCGAGAGCCUAAUGUACAAGGGGAAGGCUCGAGGGGAAGGACGGUGGGAAGCGGCGGGAGCAGGUGCAGCAGCAGCAGCAGGGGAAGCAGAAGCAGGAGAUGCAGGAGCGGCAGGAGUGGCAGGAGAGGCAGGAGCGGCAGGGGAUGCAAGAAGAAGAAAGGAAGGCGAAGGGAGCGUUGGAAGGGGUGAAGCGCGCACGUCAAAGGCGGUGCAUGGGGAGGUGGCGGAGGAACAACGUGGCAAUGGCUCUUUGUUCUCGUGCGAUUCCAUCUACUGCGAUUUUAUCGACUCUCUCCCCUCCUCCGUGUGGCUCCAUAUCUUCCGCAGGGCCAGCCUGCCCGCUCCUCACCCCACUCAUCGCCAUGCUCACUCCCCCGACGCCCCUCACGCCGCCCACGCCUCUCCGUCCGCUCACGCCAUCCCGCCCCUUGAACCCGCCUGUCACGGCCAGAGCGAGAGCACACAGAGAAGAGAUGCCGGCAGCGUGGGUGAUGAUCAUCCGUGGCAGGGCUGUUCGGGGAGGGACGGCAAGAGGGCCCCGAAUAAUGGCCAUGGCCAUGUCGUCCUUGAGAACACGCAACUUCCCACAUACUCCCCGUCUCCUGCAGAAUUGAGGGAUGGCAGAGGGGGGAGGGGCGAAAGAGGAGGAGUGUUAGGAAGGGUGGAGAGGACAAGGUGGGCGGGGGGUGAGGGAGGAGAGCAGGAGCUGGUCCAAGGAGUUGGUAGAGUCUUGGAGGAAGAAAAGGAGGUGGAAGGGGAGCAGGAGCAGACGGAGGAGGAGGAGCAGGGAGUGAGUUGGGGUAUGAUGGCAUGGCUGGGAGCAUACCCGUGUCUGCGCCAUAUGUCCCUGGAAGGCAGUGCCUGGACAUGGCAUGUGCCCGGCCUGCACAUGCCAACUUCACACCCACCUCGCAUGCCCGAUACCCCCUUCUCUUGCCCCACCCCACCGUCUCUGUCACACCACUCCUCUCCUCUUCCGCCUCCUCCUUUCUUCCCCUGCCUCACGUCCCUCCACCUCUCCAACGUGCGGUAUGACUGGCCUCUCUUCUCCCUCCUCCACCGCCUCUCUCCUCAGCUCACCUGCCUCUCUCUCACCCAUGCCAUGGAGCAAUGCUCCCUUCCAAUCCCCCUCUCUUCAUCCUCGCCUCCCCACUCCCCUUCCUCCUCCUCCUCGUUUUCCUCCUCCCUCACCUCCUCGUUCAACUCAUCGUUCUCCUCCCUCUCUCCCACCUUCCCACACCAUCUCUCCAUCACCCUCCACCUCCCUCUUGCCCACACCAUCCGCUUCCACUUCACCGCAGCCUCACGCCUCUCCUUCCUCCUCCUCGCCUCGCCCCGUCUCUCGACUCUCUCCAUUGUCGGGGGUGGGUGUCCCGUGACCGUUCUCAACACACCGCAUCUCCACUCCUUGGUGGCUGGCUGCAUCGACCUCUCACUCCCUCACCUUCUCUCUGUGCGUCAUCUCUACCUCCUCGUCGAGCCCAACGCCCUGCUACUGCGCCAGCCCACACGGGUACUACCAGGUGGUUAUGCUGGGAUCGCAGCACUUGGGUCUGUACACGGCGCACCUGACAACCUUUCUGGCGUUUUGCCUGGAUUUUCACCUGUCGUAGCAGGUCGGGUGCGGGUUGGAGGGCAGUGGCUGUUGCCAGAGAUGAGAAGCGACGCGGAAGAAGGCAUUCGAGACAGCAGCCCACACUUUCCCAGCGGCCAUAGCAUCCGUAUCAGCCCCACCUACAGCAGCAGCAUCAGUAGCGAGUUUUACAACGGCGUUGGAGACGCACACUUAUCGUCGUCUCACACCAAUCCAGUGGCCUCCACACUCGAGCACCAUCCCAUCCCCCCCCCUUGCAGUUGGCUGGCUCGUGUAGCAGGCACAGUGGAGAUUCUGGUUGCACGGCGGGUGAUAGGGCAGCUGGAGUGCGGCACGUGGGAUAGCCUCAGGAGCAUGGCAGUCAAGUGCAUAUCCUCCCGCCGCCAGCACCACCAUCCCACUCCGCCCUUCGCCCUCUCCGCGCUGCACAGGCAGCAGCCGUUGAGUCUCACUGGAGCCACCACCGCUGGCAACAGCAGUACUGCGGCUAGUUUCGGUAGCGGUUUGCGUGGUGUGUUUGCAGCAGGAGCAACAGCAGCAGGAGGAGGACAAGACGUGCCCAUGACCCAGGGACGAAUGGGUGAUACAUUGAAUGAUCUGCAUCACCCGCUUCCUCCUUACAAUCCUCCUGCUCUCUUCUCUUUGUCUGAGAUCGAUUCUUCAUCCGAGCCCAGCCUGCUCCCGUUGCCAGUGGGUACGGGCCUUUUGGGUUUCUUCUGCUGCUUGCUGGGUGCGCCCUGCUCUCGUGCAUCCCUGCACGCCCUGCUUCUGCACUGCCCUCUCAUGCGCUCCCUGCACGUGUGGGUGCCUGCUGCUGCUGAGACGUGGCAAUGGGAUGUGAGGAGCGGAUGGCUGGAUGAGGGACGGAGUGACGAGGAGUGGGAUGGGGUUGGGGAGGGUGGGAAGGAAACGGAAGAGAGUGACGAUGAGCGCAUUGACGAGGAGAGAGGAGGAGAUGGGGAGGGUACGGAGGAGAGAAACAGGGAGGUUAGUGGUAAGCAGGAGGAGUGUGCAUGGGAGGAGGUGAGGGUGGGGGAGAAGGUGCUAAAUCUGCCGCUGCACAUGCCUGUCAACAGUAUGAGCAUUGCGAAUCUUAGCAUCACAGCAAUGGGUGCCAGUAGGGCCCCCAUCUCUCAUAAGCCAUUGUCAUCGCUUAGACAGGUACCUGCUUCCUGGAAGCCCUCACACAGUACAGCAAACACAGGGAGGCAAGAUAGCAGCAGAGGCAGGAACAGAGAAAGCAGCAGCAAUGUUGGUGGUGGUGGCGGCGGCGGCGGUGGCGGUGGUGGCAGUGCAAUGUGGCGUGGCAUGCAUGUGUUUCACGAGCGUAUCGAUCCAUCAUAUGGACUCCAUCGUGAAGAGAUGUACUUGUAA